UUCGCAAUGAAUUCUACCAAAAUUAAACCACGUAGGAAAAGUUUUCAGGCUAAAAACUGUACUAAUGAUAAAGAAAACAAAACCAUGGCCCUAACUAGAAUCGCAUCAACUGGGCGUGUCGAACAACUUUUUAGUGAAGUGAGAAUAACAGCUUGCCGGACUAUUACGAAUGUGAAAGAGUCAUUUGAUGGUAUUUCUCAGAGGAUUUUACGAUCUGGUCCAACAAAACAUCCUUUUGGGAAAGUACAACAGUAUAAUGAAUUAAAUGAAAAAGUGACUCCAGUCAAGUUGUAUUCACCUUUCAGUUUUGUGACUCCAAGCCCUGUGAAAAGUUCUCGAAAGAAACCAACUCCCAAAAGGAUUUCCUUUCAAAGUCCAACUGGCAAACUUCGAAAGGAUGUGAAGCAACUGUCACUUGAAGUAAAAGAAAGGGAACGUGUUGAAAAAGCUCUGUGCAACAAAAGGAGAAGAUAAUUCCAUGUUGCACUGUUUUUAAUUAUCAUCGUGGUGUAAAACAUUUUAAGCUCAAAACGUCUAUUUUCUUAUGUAGUUUCUUUGCUUUUAUAUAAAUUAAGAACUUUUAGUAAAUUCAGUAGAAAAUUAUAUCAUCAAAGAUGGUUUUUUAUAAUAUUUUUAGUAUUUGGUGGAUGGCAGCU